AUGUGGAACUUUAUAAAGAAUAAUACGGUGUCCUUAAAUGAAGUACCCCUGGAAUCAGAUGAUGUUGUUCAGAGUGUUCAAAAGGACAUGAUAUCAAAAACGGAUGAGAGUUUUACUCCCUCGACAAUUGAUAAAUCAUCUGCAACCAGUCCAAUGAAAAUAUCAAGUGAUUUGAAGCGCAACCUCCAUGACAUUUAUGACGUUGAUUGUGGAGAAACAAACCUUGAAAAGAAGAGAGAAUUGUUGGAGAAGGUGGGGGCAUGGAGGGAUUCUCUUAACAAAGCUGCAACCUUCACAGGAUUGGUAUAUAAAGAUGGGUACGAGUCCAAAUUCAUAAUCAACAUUUUGAAUGUUGUAAUAAAGAAAGUGGACAACAAGGCCCUACACAUUGAGGAGAAAUUAGUGGGAAUAAAGGACAAUCUUGCUGAGAUCGAAUCAUGGCACAAGGACUUGUCAACUGCUUUCAUAGAUCAUAGUAAGGCCCACUCUGUUGGAACUUUAUCUAUUGGCGACGCUACUGAGCUCUUCAGUUUGCAUGCCUUUCAUCAACAUCAACCCGUUGAACCCUACAUUGGCCAAUCAGAACUAGUUGUUCAGCACUGCAAAGGUCUUCCUUUGGCUCUUAAAGUAUUGGGUUCUUCCCUACGUCCAAAGACAAUUGAUGAAUGGGAAGAUACAAUUUGCAAACUAGCAGCAAUUCCCCAUCCUGAGAUUCAGGAAGUUCUACAAAUAAGCUAUGAAGCUUUAAAAGAUGACAAGGAUAAAGAUUUAUUCUUGCAUAUUGCUUGCUUCUUUGACGUGAUGAUGCAUCAAUCAAUCAAGGAGAUGGGAAGAGAAGUUGUUCGCCAGGAGUCAGAAAAGGAACCUGGGAAAAGGAGUAGAUUGUGGCAGCAGCAGGACUGUAUUGAUGUGUUGCAAGACCAUAGUGGUACAGAAAAAAUAGAAGGACUCAUGCUUGAUAAGUCAUUGCCAAAGAUGAAGGAAGUUACAUCAAGACCGGGCUUUAAAAAAUAUUUUGGCAAAAGAUUGCAUGGGAAUGAUGAAAAUUUUCAAAUUAGUGACAUUUCAUUGGAGAAGUUGGUAGUUCUUGACAUGAGUUACAGCAAAUUAACACAUGUUUGGGAUGACUUCAAGUAUAUUGGAUCCUUAAAAAUCCUCAAUCUUAGCGAUUCUCUUAACCUUAUUGAAACCCCUGAUUUUGGUGGACUCCCUAGUCUGGAGAGCUUGAUCCUGAGAAAUUGUUCGAGUUUAAUCAAGGUUGGUAAAUUGAUUACACACCUUAAGAAACUAGAUUUGUUAGAUAUAACCAAUUGCAGAAGCUUGAGGGAUCUUCCGUGCUUACCUAAAUCCCUUAAAUCGCUUCAUAUGUCUGGUUGCCUAAAGCUUGAAGUUCUUGGAUCGAUAGCAAAUCUUACAGAACUAUACUCGUUAGAUCUAGACAAUUGUAUAAGCUUGAGGGAUCUUCCGUGCUUACCUAAAUCCCUUAAAUCGCUUCAUAUGUCUGGUUGCCUAAAGCUUGAAGUUCUUGGAUCGAUAGCAAAUCUUACAGAACUAUACUCGUUAGAUCUAGACAAUUGUAUAAGCUUGAGGGAUCUUCCGUGCUUACUUACAUCCAUUGAAUCGCUUGAAAUGUCUGGUUGUGGAGUUCUUGAACGGGUUCAAUGCUUGGAUUCAGUUUCGUCGCUUUCUCUUUUAAAGACAGUGAAUUUGCCACGUGCCAAUCUCUUUGACCAUUCUUUCCCAAAUGAAUGGAGUAGCCUGGCCUCACUCGUGAAGUUGUAUAUAGACGGCAACAAUAUUACCUUCUUACCUAAAUGUGUUCAAACCCUACCUAGAAUUGAAGAGCUCAGAGUUGCACAUUGUUCAAAACUCCAAUCAGUUCUAGGUCUCCCAAAAUCCGUCAGUCAUCUGUUUGUUAAUGACAAUGAGUCGUUGGAAAAAGUACAGCCUGCACAAAAUUCGAGGACCUUAGUGUACCACAGAAACUGCCCAAAAUUGUGUGCGAUCGAGGGUCGUUAUAAGAUUCAGUCAAUAGAUAAAGUUGAGAGGAAAAUUAUACGAUAUCUGGGCUUAGAAUCAGAUGCAGGUGAAGGAAUGGAGUUGGAUGUUAAGGUGUUUCAUGAGUUUGGCAUAUUCAGCACAUUUGUUUCAGAAAAACAAACCCCUUUGUCUUCCAGCUUUACGUAUCGAAAAAGUGGCCACAACAUUUCGUUUAAAGUUCCUUCGAAUCGUGACAGUUCGACGAUAACUGGAUUUAAUAUAUGUGCUGUGCUUUCUCUUUCAUUCUUGCAAAUGGGUCUUGAUCUGGAGAUUGGAGUACAAAACAAGACCAAAGAUUUGCUGUGGAGUUACUUUAAAAGAGAUCAAAAUAUCCGUAAGAAUGCAGGGAAGUUUGCAUUGUUAAGCCUUUGGAGGUGUGGCAAUCUGUUGGAGGAUGGAGAUGAAAUCGUCAUACGUGUUUUUUCUCGUCUAAUAGCUGUAGAGGAAUGUUGUAUAAACCUUAUAUAUGAAGACGAUGAAGAAUUUAUUGAUGGGGAAAGAAAGGAGGCUCAUGAUGUCAAUGCCUUUGAUCAAAUGUUGUGGACCGAUAGAAUGGAUAAAGAUAUAUCGCAUUAUGUUUUCCCGGGGAAGAAACAUGUGUUCCGAGAUGACCAUCUGGAAUAUAAUGCAAGAAAAGAAAAAUGGGAGAGACCAACAAUCUCCUACCCAUUAAUAGCCCCCAAGACAGGAGCCUAUAUUUCAUGAAGGGGAUUCAAGAUCAUGGCUUGUGGAAAUGUGACUCCGAAUUUGACAAGAUCUUCGAACCAAUCAGGCCCGUCCCAGAAGGUAAGCGAUAGGGGCGACCGUCCAGGGCAUAUCUUUUAAAGGGGUCCAAAAAUUUUACAGACUUUAUUAAUAUAAUGUUAGACAUGAUCGAUUUUGAAGAUAUUAUUAGUGAUUUUGCAUCUCAAAAAGCUGAACAAGUAUUUUUCUUUAGAUAUAUAUACGUUUUUAUAAUCGAAAAUGUUAUAUUUAGAAGCUAGUAUAAGUAUUUUUUUUUCAAUUAUUAAGUUAAUAUAAAAAAGUUGAUGAAAUUUGUGUAUUUUAAGGGCCUUUUUUCCUCUUUCGUCCUAGGCCCAAAAUAUGUUUGGAACGACCCUGGAACCAAUCAUACAUACUUAUAAAGCUAACAUUUUUUCUUAAAUUUCAUGCAUUUGAAACCUCAUUUUUUAACUUCCUCAAACCACAUUCAUUUGAAACCCCCUUUUUUAACCAAUGCAACUCAAAAGUUUUCUUAAUUAUGAUUAAAAACUCAAAAGUUUUAUAACUUAUAUUAUGUUUAAUUAGCAUUUAGUGAAAAGUUUACUAUAAAAUGUCAAUCUUUUGGAAAGACAUGCAUACAAAUCAUAUACAAAUUUGAGAAAGAAAACAAACUUAAAGGUUUUUGUGUUUGGUUAAGGUCUUAUGACCACUUUUGGAGAUAUGCUAUAAUAUUAGAGCUUUUAAUUUGUAAGUUUGUUAUACUAAUUCGUUUUUAUAUUUUCUUCGUUUUUGGAUUAUUAUAAUACAGUCGCUGUAUAUUGUGGUUAAAUUCUUAAUAUAUUGAUCAUAUGUUAUAUAGGGUGAUGUCG